GGCGUGUGGGCGUUUCACAAAAUCAGCCACCACGUAGCUUGAGCUUUCAUUGACUACGGAUUUGUCGAAUUGACCAGAGCCCCUGACGGUGCUCACUGCUGCACGGAUCUCCUCGCGCUUGCUUUUUUCCCCCAUCCACGGCAUGCGUAAAGUAUUUUCUUAAUCGUGCGGUCUCAAAACUUUUUUGCCUGUUUUGUUUUGCACCACCUACCUGAGUUGGGCGUCUUUCUCUCCCUCUGCGCGCCUGCACUCGUCUCCACCAUGGAUUUGGUCUGGAUUGUGGGCUUCGCCGUGAGCGUCUGCGCCUGGUUCGCUUCAGCGGAGCGGCACAGCGUCUACUGGAACGGAACGAACCCCAAGUUCCAAUGGGACAGCUACACCGUGGAGGUGAAGCUCAACGACUACCUGGACAUCGUCUGCCCCCAUUACCCUCAGGGCGAGUUGCCGCUGCUGGACGCUGAGCGCUACGUGCUGUACAUGGUGGAGCGCGAGGACUACGACUCCUGCAAGCCCCAGUCGUACGACCAGAUGCGCUGGGAGUGUGGCCACCCGUUUGCCCCCCACGCACCAGAGAAGUUCUCUGAGAAGUUCCAGCGGUUUACUCCGUUCACUCUGGGAAAGGAGUUUCGUCAAGGGGAAAGCUACUAUUAUAUCUCCAAACCCUUGCACCACCAUGGGAAGGAGUGCCUCAGGCUCAGGGUGGACGUUGUGGCUGCUGACGGCUCCCAAGAGGCCAGAGUGGCUAAAGGAGGCACAGGUGGGGCUGGAGCCGGGGGCGGGGUUCACAACCCGUCCAAUAGACUGCCUGCAGCGGACGACCCGGUCGUGGUCCUGCCAGACGUCCAGAAGAGUGUGCGGUCAGACUCUGUGCCGACGGCUGCAUCCGUCUCCACCCUCUCCCUGCUGCUCCCGUCUUCAUUACUGCUAUUGUUGCACUGAGAGCACGCCGAAAGGACUGCCGUCUGCAGACUUUCUUUUCAGGGACCACAAUGAAGACAGUCCGUGGGGGCCGCGGACUCAAAAGACAGUUUUCCAAGCCCGGUGCUGGUCACGGGGGGAGAGGCUCGAGCAUUUAAAGUGCAGAUGAACUCACUCGCCUUGAAGAUGCUGAGCAAUGCCUGAGAAUUUUUGAGACAACGCAAGUGUGCUUGGUCGUAUCUUUCUGGGAAAGACCACGCUCUCCUUCUUCGUAUUCUUUUAGGAGUCUCUCAAAGAAACACCUGAACGUGUUGUGAGGAUAACAAAGGAAGACAAGAUGGAGAAGAUGAAGGGGUACCAACUCUGUUUAUAACCUAUACAUUUAGAAUGAGAUAAAUCCACAUUCAGCGGAAAAGUAAUCUCUCACCUUUUUGAGCCAAAGAUCAGUCAUCACUCCAAACCUGUACAUUAUUCCACCCCAGAGUACCAUGUAUUACUUGUUGUAUUGUUAUUGUAAUGGUAUCGAGUGGCGUUCGUGUCCCAUGUGAUUCUCUAAAUGUAGCUUUGGCGGACACUGGGGGGGGUGGCGUUCUCAUGACAACCGAUCCUCUCGGAACUCGACCAUGUGCUUAUAUGCUGUAGCACUGACACCGCACAGUACAGACGCAACGACAUGCACCCUGGUACAGUGUCGUCCCCCCCCCCCCCCCCCCCUCACCCCCACACACACACUGACAUCAGAUGACACAACACAUUAAAACACACUACAUCCACCUGUGUUGUGUGUACGUUCUGUGAAGAUAAUUUAUAACAUUUGCAGCUGAGAUGUUUUACUGUAUAUACCAUAUGCUCACGCGGGGGGGAGCAUCUCUCUCUCCCCCCCCUGUCUCCUGGUAGAGUUAGUACUUGUGUGAAAGGGCAAGGAUGUGAGCGAAAGAAAAGUGAUUGAUUGAAAGAGUGAGACAAAAAAAAAAAUUCUGACACAAGCGAACACUGACAUGUUGUGUGUUUUGCGGAGGCUGGACUUCUCCGUUUCGUUGGAUCUUGCCACUGUAUUUGUUAAACUGUCUAACACGGAGUGCUGUUUUCUUUCACUACCACGGGAACACUUUGCAUCUCCGUGCUCUCAUGUUUUCAACAGAGUUCACUUAUUUAAACCAAAUGAUUAACACAGUUUUAGAUGAUUUGAAAACAUUUAUAGUCAGGCCAAUUGGAGAAAAGGAUGAGAUUUCACCAGUUCAAAAAGAGACUAGUUUCGGUAUAAAACAAAGCCGCCGAGCGGACCUCCUCCCGACAGGCUCGACCAACAAGGCACAACGGUGUAUGACUACCAUUGAAGUCAAUCUUUUUUAUCUGAAUUCUUGUUACCUAAUUUUGUACAUGUGUAAGUAAAAAAAAGUGUAUAUAUUUAUAUAUAUAUACAGAAAUUAUAUAUAUAUAUAUAAAAAAUAAAAAAGUUUGAUAAAUAUGCUAAAUGUGAAAAUUUCAUGUGAAAUAAAAGAUAUUUUUAGAAAC